GGUCCUCACAGAAGGUAUAUAAGGAGAAGCGCGCGCAAACUGCCCCGUAGUUCGCGCUGGGACUUCGAGGGCUGUACUUUGGUUUGUGCCGCCGCUAAACUACAUUGAAAAGAAAUGGCAUCUGAUGAGGGAAAAUUAUUUGUUGGUGGACUCAGUUUUGACACCAAUGAACAAUCACUUGAGCAAGUUUUUUCUAAAUAUGGACAGAUAUCUGAAGUUGUUGUUGUAAAAGACAGAGAAACACAAAGAUCCAGAGGGUUUGGCUUUGUAACUUUUGAAAACAUUGAUGAUGCAAAAGAUGCAAUGAUGGCCAUGAAUGGGAAGUCUGUUGAUGGCCGCCAGAUCAGAGUUGAUCAAGCAGGCAAGUCUUCUGAAAACAGGUCUCGUGGAUAUAGAGGGGGAUCAGCUGGAGGCAGAGGCUUUUUCCGUGGAGGCCGAGGUAGAGGCCGUGGAUUUUCCAGAGGUUCUGGAGACAGAGGUUAUGGGGGCAGCAGAUUUGAAUCUAGAAGUGGUGGAUACAGUGGAUCCAGAGACUAUUAUGGAAGCAGCAGAAGUCAAGGAAGCUAUGGAGACAGGCCUUCAGGAGGGUCCUAUAGAGACAGUUAUGACAGUUACGGUAAGUCUUAAAUCAUGAGGGAAGGCGGAUGUGCUGACAUGGGAAUGUAUGGAGCCACUCUUGAUCUUGCAGUGACAACCUUGGAAAUACUUUUAAGGUUUGCUUGGAGCUUUUGCUGGCAGCCUUUCUCUGCCCAUGACAGGCAUCACUCCUUUGGCAGGCCCUAAGCACUUGUGCCAUGGAAAAGCAAAAAUUCUCAUUUAAUGCAUGUGUAGCUCUAGUUGGAGCCAAAGGCAAAGCAUCCAUAACUAGUUUUCUGAAGCUGAAAAGAACACCCAGAAAAUCCUCAAGGCCAGAAGGAAAAGAAUACAAAAUGGGUGGGACCGAGAUAGCAAGCUAGGGUUUGAAGUGCUUGGCAAACAAGUAGGGGAGGAAAAAUUGCUGGAACUUGUCUGUGCUUCAGUGCCUUUACAACUCUGCCUGCUUCUUGUCCUCAGCUACACACAACGAAUAAAAAACCUUCCUGGCUCAAGAUCGUCCUUCCAUUGGCUGUAUUUAUAAAGAUUUUUGGAGCUUCGCUGAAAUCGUUCUUGUGUAGUCAUCUCCUUUGUAUUCUCACUUUUGUAGUAAACUCGCAAUUCUGAUCUUGUCAAUAACACAGCCUUGACAGCUUCUAAUAUGUAAUGGUCUGUUCAGACUCAAAGAAAGCGCUGGGUUUUUCUCGAGUGUUUUAAUUUUUUAAAGCACUUAAGAUUUUAGUUCAUUUGUGAGAAAAGGCGUGUAUGUGUUUUAGGGUUUUUUUGUGUUUUUUUUUUUAAAAAAGAAAAGACCGGAAGGUUUGGAGCCCCAUAUCUGUUUUUCUUUUGAGCAAGAAAGGACCUUAAAUUGUUCAGUAGAAGCUGAGCAAGCUGUGAACUCUUUUUUUGUUUAGUGCAUCGUUUUUUGUUAAAAAAAAUUAAUCAACCUUUAGUGUAGCAAGGUACUGUAGCCUGGGUAUGAAUUUUAAAAGGCAACCCACCUUGAUAUAUCUAAAGAAAUAAUUUUGUUUGUAUGUUCAACCUGCAUUAAGAGACUUUAACUUGUAUGCCAUAAAGUUUAACCCAGAGAGAGACUGCAGAUUUUACUACCCAAAGGGUUCAUUGGAAAAAAUGUUUGUUUUUAUUGUCCUUUUUUUACUGAAAGAAAGUAUGCCUAAUUCAAUUGUUGUAACUUUGAAGUGGUGAAAAAGGAUUUCUUGUACAGUUUUCUUUGGCUUCACGAAGCCUAUUAAAAGUCCAUCUGAAAAAAAAAACUGCUCUUGAAAUGUUACAUCUUGCUGCACAACACAAGUCUGGAUGAACGUUGAAACUGUAGUUAGACAGGAAUGAAAGUAGUAAGUGGAAGGCUUAUAAUAGGGAGAAAAUCAGACCCCACAUUUCUUGUGAACAAAAAUGUAAACAAUGCUAAUGCUGUACUUGAUUAGGCCUAAUGACAUCAAUUGGGCAGUUUGAGGAUGAUUGGAAAAGUACUGGAAGGACCUCACAAAUUUUGCCCUUAGACAGUCACUUUAGCGUUGGCUGGAAUUGUUCCAACCUUUGAAAGAAGAAAUUAGACUUCACUCAUUGCUAUUUUAAUAUGAUGUUAGCAGAGUUAAGUUAAAUUAAGUCUGGUAGCUCUAUACUAAUUAAAACAAAAACUAGC